AUGCCGAGUAAACCGCUCCGACAUCGGGCAAUGCGUGGGAAGGAGGCGCUAAACCUACUUGGUGCUUGGAACACAGGAGAGAUGUCCAAACUGGUUAUUAUCGAUGAUAGCCAUCCAGCCAUUACGUAUUCCUCUGGAUCCUGGGCGGGUGCAGUAACAACGACCCACAACGAGUACAACUCUACUCUUCAUUCCGCUGUUGCCACCGGAGCGACAAUAAAGUACCAGUUUCGGGGAACUGGUAUCUUUGUCUAUGGAACCCUCACUCAGCCGGUCACGAAUGGUUAUCCCGAGUCCACCUUUCAAAUUGAUAACAACCGCGUCUCCAACUGGAAUCUGACUGGCAUGGUAAUCGACAAUGCGACUACAUACUCUCACGUCGUCCUCUUCAAGUCAGCACAAUACAAUUACGGUGACCACACGAUCUCCAUCAAUGUCGGACAGUUUGAUGCGACGACAACGGGCCGCUUCAAUUUCGACUACUUUGUGGUCACUGGUGCCACGGAGGAGGAUGCUCGCAACGCCGGGGGGCUCGUCAUUGUGGAUGACAAGGAUACCGCUAUUGGCUACGAAGGCAACUGGUUUGCAACCGGAAGCAAGGCAGAAUACCAAUGGUCCGCCCAUCGCUCACCAGCCGCGUCCAAUACUGGAACGGCUACAUUUUCAUUCAAUGGAACGAGCGUCUCUGUCUAUGCAACUCUUGAUGGUAUCUAUCCAUCUAACCCAAUCGCCAGCUUUGUAGUAGACCCCGGCAGUGCGAACGAAGUCCAAGGAACAGUAGUCAUCCCAGGAUCGGCCCCAAAAAAGUAUCACAGUCCCAUAUUAUCAGUAUCUGGUCUUUCAGAGGGGUCACACACUCUGGUUGUGACUUCUCUCAGUGACCAGACCACCAGUUGGUGGUUAGACUAUAUUCUCUAUGGCUCCCCUUCUUCCGGUAGUGUCGUCAACUCGAACGGCAGCAACGGAACAGCGACGUCGAGCAAUCAAGCCAUCGGCCAAACUCAGAGCAACGGCCCCAGCAAAGCUGCCAUUGCCGGAGGGGUGAUAGGUGGCGUGGUCGCAUGUCUUUUGGUCAUUUUCUUCCUCUUCUACUAUUUAAGAAGAAGAGGCAGGAGGAACGAUCGAGUGGAAAUAAUCGAUCAAUAUCGUGGGCCGAUAGACGAAAAGCCAUUGGCAAUGCCGACCGAAGUGGCCACUUCUCCGCCCACGACUUCAACGGCGGCGAUGGUAGCCUCGACACAUACUUCAACACCACUUUUGUACAUUCCGCCUACAAAGGGACAGAGCCCCCACCCAACACCUGUCGAGCGACCAGCAGUCCCGAGACCGAGCAUGACCGAAACAAAUCACCUCCAAGACUCAAACACUCUUGCAUUUACUUCUUCGAGUAAUCUGCAAAGUAUCCCCGAUAAUGCCUCGUCCGCACGAGAAGAGAGCCAACCACCUAGAGUGAGAGAGUUGGAUGGCGGUAUACGCUUGGAAUGGACAGACCAGGACGGUGCUCAUGACACGCUUCCUCCAUCUUACUCCAACUAUCAAUCGUAA